CUUCAGGUGACGUGGCCGGCUCCCUAUCUCUACCCAACUAUCCAGACCACCCACUCCCUCUCUCCUUUUCUAUUGCACUUUUCGACCCUUUCCUUUCCACGUCUCCCUCUUUCCUACGCCACGCCCCGUGUGCACUGCGCCCCCCAAUCCCCGCGCACGUUAGCUCACCCCCUUCCUUUCUUAAUUCCAAUUUAGGCACCGCUUUUCGCACGCCCCCAACCAAACAAAACAAAAAAAAUAGCCGCGGUUUCCUUACCAUGCUUCGCUUCGCCGACCUCUGACUCAAUAAUAACAAUCAGCCACCAUCUCCUUUUCCCUUUAGUAUCUGCUAACGUGCGCCGUCUAAACGGUGUGUUUGAUCUCCCUCAACGAUGCUGUUUUAUCGGAAUGAGCAAGUCGAGGAAUCGUUGUGAGCAGAAUUUGAUGAGAGUUUUUAUGAAAGUUCUGUAGCGUCGUCGUUUUGAUGGGAGGGGUAGUUGGUGAGUGAGUGAAUGAGUGAGUGAGUUUUUCUGGGGGGUUGGGUAUGGAGUCUGGUGAUGAGAUUAAUUUGAACAUAGAAAGUGGGAAUAAUGGGAAGAGUGGUGGUGAUGGGUUCGUUGAUAGGAGUAAGGUGCGGAUUUUGUUGUGCGAUAACGAUUCCAAGAGUUCUCAUGAGGUUUUCACGCUUCUUUUGAGAUGUUCUUAUCAGGUUACCUCGGUAAAGUCGGCAAGACAGGUAAUUGAUGCACUGAAUGCGGAGGGGCAACAUAUAGAUAUCAUACUGGCUGAGCUUGACCUUCCGAUGAAGAAGGGCAUGAAGAUGUUGAAGUACAUAGCACAGGAUAAAGAGUUUCGCCGAAUCCCUGUUAUAAUGAUGUCCGCACAAGAUGAGGUAUCCGUUGUUGUUAAGUGCUUGAGACUUGGAGCAGCAGACUAUCUAGUAAAGCCUUUACGCACUAAUGAACUAUUAAAUUUGUGGACGCACAUGUGGAGACGGAGGCGCAUGCUUGGACUUGUAGAGAAGAACAUCUUGAAUUAUGAUUUUGAUCUGGUAGUAUCUGACCCGAGUGAUGCCAACACAAACAGCACCACCUUGUUCUCUGAUGACACAGAUGACAAGUCCAAGAGAAGCACUAAUCCUGAGGUAGGAAUAUCAGUCCAACAAGAGCAAGAGGUGGGUUUCUUUUUUCAACUUUGGGCGUUCUUUGCAAAUAAUUCUACCUUUCAGAGUGUAAACAUUGACAUACAUUCUACUAUUGCAAUUGCUGCUGCUGUUGAGGAACCUCCAGAUGCUCAUGCAUCAGAAUGCGGGCCUGAUGUGGAUGGAGUUAAUGAUCACCAAACAGCACAUUUUUCAUCUGGUCCGAAGAAGAGUGAACUAAGGAUAGGGGAGUCAUCAGCCUUCUUCACGUAUGUUAAAGCAUCAAUACUUAAGAGCAACUUGGAAGGGGUUGUUAAUGUAGACAAAAAUGGUGCUACACAUGUGAGGAUGGAAGUUAUGCAUCAAACAUGUGCUCAACAAGGGGUGAAUGACCUUCAAAUACGGGAAAAUGGAGAGGCAUAUGAAAGUCAAUCGCAAGAUGACUUACCCAGCAGCACUAGUAUACCUGAUUCUUUGUCUAUUGAGAGGUCUUGUACUCCACCUGCAUCAAUGGAAGUUUCACAGCAAAAGCACUACAGGGAAGAAAAUUUACAUCAGGGUGUGAUGCAUCCAAGAAAUGGGACUCAUUGUUCCGAGCUUGAAGUAUCUGGCAUGGCUUCCCAACAGGUUUAUCCAUAUUAUAUUUCAGGGGUUGUUAAUCAUGUUAUGAUGCCUUCAUCAGCACAAAUGUAUCAUCAAAAGAAUAUCCAGGACCUACAGAAUCAUCCUAGCUCAGCUAUGAUUUCACAGUACAGCCAUCUUCCCCAAGGUGGUCCUCAUGGAACGGGGAUGACAUCCUUCCCAUAUUACCCAAUGAGCAUAUGCUUACAACCUGGUCAGAUUCCUAAUCCUCAUUCAUGGCAAUCAUUUGGAAACUCAAGUUCAUCUGAAGCAAAAUUAAGUAAAGUUGAUAGGAGAGAAGCAGCAUUGAUGAAGUUCAGACAGAAAAGGAAAGAGCGCUGCUUUGAUAAGAAAAUUAGGUAUGUUAACCGGAAACGACUUGCGGAAAGGCGGCCUCGUGUGAGGGGUCAGUUUGUCAGAAAGUUGAAGGGUGCUAAUGCGGAUCUUAAUGGGCAGCCUGCAUCGAUUGACUAUGACGAAGAUGACGAAGAGGAUGAAGAUGACCAGGGAGCAAGAGAUUCUUCUCCCGAGGAUGCUUGAGCAUGUCAAAUUGCUAUUUUGACAUAAGGAUGAAGGGCCAACCAAUUUAUGAGCUAAUAUUGGCCUGUCAAAAGGACUGCUGUAAUGGAAAGUUCUCUCACCAAAGCACCAAUUUAUGAGCUUGUGCUCAUGUAUUUGGGGUGUUGAUCCAAUAUGCGCCCUCAUCAUUUAUGGUUGAAACAAGCUCAUUCUGGUCUUUUUUUAAUUGCAGUUCAUCAAAUGAUCCGUACUACUGAGCUAUUGCGUAGGGUAUUUACCUUCUGGUGGUUAUGUCCUAUGCAGUUGAAAGUAUCACCCCUGCGUUUUAUUGAACAGUUACAAGCAGGUUGUUCUUGCUUAUUUUAUGGAGAAAUGUUAAGACAUCUUUAAAAAAUUGACCUGAGAAAUGAGUUAUUUGACUAUUUAUCUAAAGUUUUACUUUCAAAAUUUGACCACCA